CACACGGUGACAAUGCUGGGACCUCUGCUAUUGCUGCUCGCCCUGCGGGACAGCCUGGUUUUGGGAUUUCAUUCAUUUCCCGGGGAACAAAGAUAUGAGGUGGUUUAUCCUCGGAAGCUUCAUACUCAGCACAAGAGAGACACACAGAGCAAAUAUCCAGACCUGGUGCAUUAUGGGUUAGAAUUUAAUGGACGGCCACUAGAACUUCAGCUGCAAAAGACUGAAGACCUGCUAACUAACAACUAUACAGAGACCCAUUAUCUGGAUGAUGGUACUCCAGUGACUACAAGCCCAGAAUGGCAGGAUCACUGCUAUUAUCAGGGUCAUGUGAAGAAUGACAAUAACUCACAAGUCAGCCUCAGUGUGUGCCAUGGGUUAAGUGGUUUUAUCAUGACACAAGAACAGAAGCUGUUGAUUGAACCUUUGAACAAGACAGAGGAUGGCGCACACGCUGUGUAUACUUAUCAAGCCCAGGAGGCCCCCAAAACCUGUGGUGUGGAUGAUACCAUGUACAAUGAUUCUAUACAGACCAAGAUAUCAUUUUCCAUUAGCAAUGCUGAGAAAACGGCAUUCCUCAGGGCAAGAAAAUAUAUUGAGCUGUAUAUUGUGGCUGAUUAUUCCAUGUUCAUCAAAUACAAAAGCAACAAAGCACUGCUCCGGGAACGAGUAUAUGGAAUUGUUAAUUUUGUCAACUUGGUAUACAAACCCUUAAAUAUUUUUGUGGCACUGACUGGACUGGAGAUCUGGGAUACGGGAGACCAAUUUCAAGUUGUCACAUUGGCUAACACAAUUCUAAACGAUUUUUCUAAAUGGAGGGAAAAUGAUUUGCUGCCCAGGAAACCCAACGACAAUGCCCAGUUCCUGACGCACACUGACUUUGAUGGUGCUACAGUGGGACUAGCCUGGGUCAGCACUAUGUGCCAAGACUUUCACUCCACAGGAGUCAUCCAGGAUCACUCUAUAGAAUAUGUUCCUGUGGGAGCGACUAUUGCUCAUGAGAUGGGACACAAUCUGGGAAUGGAUCACGAUGGCAUUUCGUGCCUCUGCAGUUCUAAGUCUUGUAUCAUGGCGCCUACUUUGAGUUAUAACACUCCACGAGAGUUCAGCUCCUGCAGUCACCAGAACUAUCAGGACUUUCUCCUGAAAAAUAUGCCGCUCUGUAUGAGGGACAUGCCAGACAAAAAAGACAUUGUGAGCGCUGCGUUUUGUGGAAAUAAAUUCACAGAAGUGGGGGAGGAAUGUGACUGCGGUACAGUGGAGGAAUGCACCAACAAGUGCUGUGAUGCCAAAACCUGCAAAGUCAAAGAAAAUGCUCAGUGCGCAGAGGGAGAGUGCUGCUCUGAUUGCAAGCUGAAGACUGCAGGAUCCGUGUGCAGGGCUGCUACAGAUGACUGCGACUUGUCGGACAUGUGUGACGGGACGUCUGCCACGUGUCCCUCGGACCGCUUCCGGAUCAAUGGAUUUCCAUGCAGAAAUGGGGAGGGGCACUGCUACAACGGCAAAUGUCCCACUCACCAAAGUCAAUGUCUGAUGCACUGGGGGCAAGGGUGGGUUGCCGGGUCUGAUACCUGCUUUUCAUUAAACACAAGAGGAAGGGAAGGGUUUUGCCGCCACAAUGGAGUCAAUGUCCGUUGCCCAGUCAAGGAUGUGAACUGCGGAGUGCUGUUCUGCUCCAGAGCCAGCUCUCGUCCUGUACAUACGGACUGUAAUACCCGUAACCCUCCGGUGCUGGUGAAGGAUGGGACCCGAUGUGGAGAGGAAAGUGUCUGUCAAAGCGGAAGUUGUACCAGUAUUGAUGCAGCCUACAAGUCCAGGGACUGCUCUGCUAAGUGUCCCAAAAAUGCAGUAUGUGACCAUGAACUGAAAUGCCAUUGUGAGGAAGGCUGGGCAGCCCCCAACUGUGACACCCGUGCCAGUCAAGUAGAUUGA